GGGAGCUCAUCAGCCAGGAGCUACAUGAUGAUAGGAGACACUGUGAGGGUGACCAGUAAAGCAAGGAAUACAAGACUAGCUGAUACAUUAAAGGUGACACAUUAACCUAAACUACACCACUCCAUUAACUAUUAAUUGAAGGAAGUGUUCCUACCUCAAGGCUACCCCAACAGUGUCAGUGAGGACUAUCUUCAAUAUCAACUAUGGGAUACAUUACAAGCCUUUUGUUCGUACAUUACAGGUACACUGGCAACACACGCCAUGUUGAAAGGUGUGGGGGUGGGGGAUAGCUCCGCCUCUCCUGUGGCCGCUACUCUAACCUGGAUACUGAAGGACGGACUUGGCAUGACUGGGCGUAUCCUGUUUGCCUGGUUGAGAGGAUAUGAUUUAGAUUGUAAUGCUAAGAAAUGGAGAUUGAUUGCUGACAUAUUAAAUGACAUUGCCAUUUGUAUGCAGCUGGUAUCUCCUUUCUUUCCCUCCUGCUUCUUACUGAUAGCUUGUCUUGCUAGCAUUACUCAGUCGGUAGUAGGUGUGGCUGGUGGAGCAACUAGAGCAGCAUUAGUUCAGCAUCAAGCAAGGAGAGACAAUAUGGCUGACGUGUCAGCUAAAGAUGGCAGCCAAGAGACCCUCGUUAACUUGUGUGGAUUAUUAAUUGGACUGAUUAUCACACCUUUGAUAGCUGGACAGACAGUGUUUGUCUGGUCUCUCUUCUUUUCUUUCACUUUACUUCAUUUGUAUUCAAAUUAUAAAGCUGUUUCUGUCGUUUCCAUGGAAACACUAAAUUGUAACCGCCUACAUUUAUUAAUGAGGAAUUUAUUCUUAAAUGGGACAAUCUCAGAGCCCAAUAUAGUCAACAGAGAGGAGCCACUGUUAUUCAGGCAGGAAAGAUUCUUUACUGUAGAGUAUGGCUCCAGCCUUUCAAGUGUAUUGAUACAUUCAAGUGAUUAUUCACGAUCUAUUUUACAAUUCAAUAAAGGACAAAAGUUUAUUAUAAAACUGUCAAAAACCAAAAGACAAAUUCGAGUUGCCUUUCAUUGCGGCUCUUCAUCCAGUGACCAACUGAAGGCUGGUCUGACUGUUGAGCUCAUUGAGUUUGUGUGUGGUGGUUGCUAUGGUGACAGUAAUUACCUAAAGGACUAUGCACUCCUUAUAAGGAAAGGAGUAGAGAGUACUGAUGAGAGUGUACUUGUUGAUGUAUGUCAGGACAUCAUUAAUGAUUUAUUCUCCUCCAUUUUGGAUCAGUUACGUAAAGAAGGAUGGACUGUUAGCCAUCAUUUGUUAGGAAUAAAGGAAUGGAGAUACAACGUUAGCUAAUAAUGAACUGAUAUUGUUGAAUUUUGAUUUUAAAAACUUAAAACAGUUACACACUUAAAAAAAUAGAAUUAGAAACUCAUUGUCUUUUACUG